UGCUAUUACACAGUCUUACACAGUCAUGGUAUAAAUUAUUAUUUGAAAAAUAAAUAAUUGUACAUCUUGCCGGGCAGUGGUGUCUCGCGCUCGCUCUGGCUGGCAGCCUCUAGCGCCCUCUGGUGGCCAGGGUGUGAGCGCUGCAGUAACGGGACAGUACUGCAGGUGCAACCACCAUCCCACCAGUGAAUAGCUGUCUGGACAAUAGCGGCUCAUAGUUCUAUGCAUUGUUGCUCUUCUUCGGCUCUCGUCACUUCAUUUGUAGUCAAUUAAAACAUUUUUAUUAAUGAAAUAGUUAUUGUUUCGGUGUCCGCGCACAUCAUGGCGAUCGCACACGUAGCAACAGAAUAUGUUUUUUCGGAUUUUUUGCUGAAGGACCCCACGGAGGCUAAGUACAAAGGGAUGCGUUUGGAGCUGGCUGUGGACAAAAUAGUCACCUUCCUGGCCGUGGGACUACCUUUGUUUCUCAUCUCGCUCGCGUUUGCUCAGGAGGUGUCCGUAGGUACGCAAAUCAGCUGUUUUGCCCCCACCAAUUUCUCCUGGAGACAGGCAGCAUAUGUGGAUUCCUUUUGCUGGGCAGCAGUGCAGCAACAAGCUGACACUUCACCACUAUGGCUUCACAAGUUCUUUCCAUACAUCCUGCUUUCACUGGCCAUCCUUGUGUACAUCCCUGCCCUUUUCUGGCGCUUCUCUGCAGCCCCACAUCUAUCCUCGGACCUCAGCUUCAUUAUGGAGGAGCUGGACCGCUUUUAUAACCGUGCCAUUAAAUUGGCAAAGAACCUGGCAUCCUUGAAUACAAAAGAUAAAGAUGGUCCCAAUGACACAGCGAGCAGUGCUCUGGAGUUGACAGAGGGUUGCUUCAAAUACCCCUUAGUUGAGCAGUAUCUGAAGACCAAGCGCUUCUCUCACCGCCUUGUAGUCAUGUACCUGGCUUGCAGGAGCUUGACUCUGCUCAUCCUGCUUCUAGCCUGCUUCUACCUGGGAUACUACAUCCGACUGGCCUCCCUCACAGAUGAGUUUCCUUGUGAUCUGCGGACAGGGGUGCUAACCAAUGAUAGCACUGUGCCCUCAGCUGUCCAGUGUAAGCUUGUGGCAGUGGGCGUCUUCAGGCUGCUCAGCUACAUCAACCUGGGGGUGUAUGUGCUUCUUGCUCCGGUGGUGGUAUAUGCUGCUGUCGGACCGGCACGCCAGAGUUCCAGCUUCCUUCGACCGUAUGAGAUGCUGCCAGGCUUCGGUGCUUUGGGUGUUGUCACACCCUUCUACAACGACCUCAGCAUCUAUCUACUCUUCUUGCAGGAGAACCUGAGUGAACUCAAGUCCUUCAAGUGCCUGCAGGUGCUGGAGUUGCUGCAAGAAACCAGUGAUGAGGGCUUUGACGCCAUGUGUCUGCUGAGAAUGCUGGGUCAGGUGAAGACAGACGUGACAGACUGUAAGAAGUCAUGCCCACGCAACAAAACUAAGGACGUCACAGCAUAAUUCCACUAAGAUCUUCAUUAAUGAAGUCCUGCCAAGAACAAAUACAGCCUGAUCUGGUUGUGGAGUGUGUUAUUGGGUUACUCAUUCAAUGCAUUCUCUUGACAUUUACAUUUGUCAUUUGUUGAUACACAUAAUACAUUAAUUAUUAAUUAAUACAUGAAUGCUUAGUGAUGUGCCUUGUUUACCCCGAUGUCACACACUUGCAACGGAAAGUACUGAAAUGAUCAACAUUCUUAUGUUUUAAUACAAGACACCACAGUCAAGAAGUGUUUGCCACAAAUAUUUGACAACAGUAAAUUAACACAUCAAAUAUGCUUAUUCUUCAUUCAUUGUUUGUCGUAAAAAGAAGAUUUGGACAUUUUUCUUUUUUUUUUAGUUUUUUUACGAGCCUCGCUGCUUUUCUCAGAUGUACUGCCAAAUGCCUUCCUAUCAUUUCAAUUUGAGAAUGUAAGUAUUGUAACUAACUCUAACUUUGGCUCAGGAUUUAUUUUCUACGUAGCAUACUACACGACUUGCCUUGUAUGAGUGAGAUGCAUUUCUGUAUUAGAAUUUUCAGCUAAGGUUAUUAAAAAGUAGUGUAUUAAAACCUACUACUGGAGUUCAUGGCUGUACUACCAAGAGCUGCAACGACAUGCUCGAUGUUAUUUGGCAGACUUCCCGAAGCAUGUAAAAUGCAAUUUACUGCAUAUGUAUGUUGUAACGGUUGCCUGUCAGCGGAGUAAUAGAAAUGACUAACAUGGAUAGAUGAAAUAAAGUGCCAAGCCAA